ACCCAACACAGCAAGCUGGUCAGACAAGAAACCUGGGCUACUUCCCCUGCUCCCCGUUCCUUGCGAUCCUAUCCGCCCCACGCGUCGUUCACCGCCACCGCGCCGCGUGCCAUGGCGACCGGCGACGACCAGCGCUGCCCGGCGGCGUUCGCUGGGAACGCCGCCGGCGACGCGGAGAGCGCGACGGCCAUCGAGGACCUGCCCGUGGACGUCCUGGCCCUCGUGCUCCGCCGCCUCGACGGCGCGUCUCUGGCCGCGUUCGGCUGCGCGUGCGCCGCCUUCCGCGGCCUCGCCGCCGACCCGGACGCCUGGCGCGCGCUCUGCCUCGCGCGCUGGCCCUCGCUCCGCGACGUGCCCUCCGCUCACCACAAGGGCCACCGGCGGCUCUUCGCCGACGCGUUCCCGUUCCCGGCCGCGCCUGCGCCGUCGUCCGCCGUCCCGGCGCGCCGCCUCCCCGCGCGGCUCGUCUCGGCCGUCGACCUCCAUCACGGGGGCGCCUGCAUCCUGUCGCGCGUCGUGGACACCGACGCCGCGUCGGAGUGGUUCCUGGGCGCGCCGUUCCGCGUCGACGCGCUCGUGCAGGAGGGCUUCUCGGCGCCGGCGCCCAUCACUCCCGCCGACCUGUCGCUCAGCUGGGUCCUCAUCGACCCGGCCACCGGGCGCGCCGUGAACGCGUCGAGCCGGCGACCGGUGUCCGUGGACCGGCGGUGGCCCACGGGGGAGACGGUGGUGCGGUUCGCCGUGGUGCUCGGCGGGGGCGUCGCGCUGGACGCCGCCGUCACGUGCGACGAUCGCUUCGGGCAUGUUAGGGAGGUGAGCCUCUGCAUCGAGGACGGCGAGGGCGGCUUCUUGAGCGGGCGGGACGGGCUGGCCGUGGUGGCCGCGGCCAUGGCGGGCGCCAGGCAGGGGCGCGGCGCGGAGGCUGCGGCCAGGCUGCGGUACGAGGAGUUCGUCAAGGGGAGGGCGGCCAGGAAGGAGCGGAAGGCCAGGCGGGAAGGCAUCGUCGACCUCUGCUGCUCCGGCGUCGGAGCGGCGGCGUUCCUAGGCUUCCUAGUGAUGUUGACAUUCCGGUGACAUUUCGACGACCGCCACGCAAAUGUACAGCUCGACUUGACGCUUGACACGCACGCUGCACGCAAGAGCUGUAAUUACGUACAUGGUGCAGGUUACAGGUUUUAACAACACUAGAAAUUUAGACAAGGGCCAUCUCAGCGUAUUGAAGAUAUGACUCGUCUUACUAAUGAUCAAAUGUGUAUGGUCCCUUACCCAA